CUUCUGGUCAUGGACUACAUAUUCGAGUGCUUCUACAAUGACACCUUCGAGCAGAUCACUCGUAACGGUCUGCAGGAUCGUCAGUCGAGACGCGAUGUCCUCGAUCAUUUGAGUGCCAUCAUUAAAGGUUGCAGCGAGGGCCAAAAUGUGCAAACGGAUGAGGUAGCAAGCAUGUCUGUGGAGGCAGCAAUGCGCUAUCAUAAACUUGCCAAGGACGAGAAUGGACAUGUCUGCCUGAUGGGAAAGUACCACAACAUUCUGUACAUUGCGCUUCGCACCUGUUGGGAUUGGGGCGUGCGCGACUCGUCGGUGGUCGUGCAACUGCUCGUGGCCAUCUACGAGUGUGAAAAGACCUUUGAGCGCAUUUUUCUGGGCGCACUCUUUGGACCAAAUGCCCCACACUUCAUAGCCGGCUGGCGCAGCGAUUUUCAGGAUCAGCAUGAAAAUGUGCGGGCCAUGGUUUACUUUUUGAAGCACGCAACACGCAGACAGCUGAUGUUGCCCGUUUGGAUUCCACGGUACGAGCAGGAGCGACGUCUGAGAUUCAUCGAUGUGCCCAUCGAGUCCUGCGGCCGUUCUUCGCCGUUACGCAUUGCCCUGCAGGCCAACGCGCCCGAGCUGCUGCUCAUACUGCUCAGAUAUGGCGCUGCACCACAUCCGCCCGAUGGCGGAAGCUCUGUUAUCAUCGCACUGCUCGACAAGCUGAUGGAGCACGGACGCAAUUACAUCUACGAGCAUGUGAUGUGCCUGAAGAUAUUGCUGCGCAAUGUGCCGAUGAUCGAAAUGCCUUUCAAGCCAAUAGUGUACAAGGAGCGCCGUGAGAUGUUUUUCGAGCGUUACGGCCGCCUGCUCAGGGACAAAAUCAUUGAGAAGGAGCAGGUUUAUGGUGUGCCUUCGUUACGUCAUCUAUGUCGCUGCCAAAUACGUGAUCUCUUGCGCGAACGCAAUCAACUGCCAAAUGGUAUUGACACCUUGCGCCUGCCCAAGCGCCUACAGCGUUACAUUGACCUGACCGAGGAGCUGGAAGGGGCUGAGCAGCACCAGCACCAGCCACCGCCACAGGGCGCAAAGCCAGUGCAAAAGUUGGCAAUUGCCUUGCAAAGAUUAGAGACCAUCAGUAGUGAAGAGAGUGAGGAUGAGAGCGAGAACCGCGUGCAACUACUGGAAGCAGUCACCAAUGCUGAGAAGGCCGCAGUGGCAGCAUUUGUGGCCACUGGCGACGGCGCCAUUACAAACGAGGCCAAGCAGGCGGCUGUGGCAGCCUAUGCAGCAGCCAAUGCCGCAGAGAUGCAGCAGCAGAAUUGCAACGAAAAGAACGAUAAUGACCCCGACGAGGCACUCGAGCUGCUAAGCUGAGGGAGAGUUUAAGUAUAAUAUAACCCCACCCUCACUCACCUGUAUGUUUCCUCACUGACGUUAAUGCGGCCGGGAACGCCGGUGGUCUCCGUGCGGCUCGUCAGAUUCACCGUGUUGCCAAAA